AUGUCGGUGGACGGCAGCGUCCCUUCGCAGCGGCAUGAGUGGGGAUGGAAGGGGGCGAAGCACUCAUUUUUGAGAACGGUCAUCUCCGAGAGGGCAAGGGGCCGGAGCGGUGGCGUCCGACCUCAAGGGGACCGAAUUGACGAGGAGCUUAAGGCGUGGGAAGGAGACGUCGUCGAGCGACGCACCAGCAGGAUUAUAUAG